AUGCCCAAGCCGAGCGACUACUUUUUAUCCGACAGCGACAAUGCCGCCAUAUUCGAGCAGCAGAUUCGGCCUGCCGAGUUUGGCGACGGCCACGGCGACGAUGGUGGGCCAGCCGCGUCAUUGUCAAGCCCGCAUGACCAAGACCGCCGCCCCGUCUGCAUCAUCCUGGCCGGCCAGACGGGCGCCGGCAAGUCUCAUGCAGCUCCUGCACUGGCCGCUGCGCUAGGCAAGUUGACCACUUCUCCUUCCGUCUCCGGCGGCACUCUCGGUACCGUCGGCUCGGGAGGCCCCGCACCGGGCAGUCCCGCCUGCUACUGCCACCUUGUCGCCGACACUCACAAGCCCUACCACCCGGCUUAUGCCGGCCUCGUCGCCGACGCCGCCGCCGGUCUUGUGCCCCCCGGACUGGCCUCGGCUGCGACAGGCCACGAUGCGCGGCGCUGGCUGGCGCGAGCGUGCGCGGUGGCGGCCUCGCGCAGCCUGCCGACGCUUGUCGAGUCGGCAAGCCGGUACCCACAAGAUGUGGUGGAUAUGGCCGGCAUUUUCCACCGGCACAACUACCGUGUGUGUCUGGUGCUGCUGGCCGUCCACCCGGUGCAAUCGCGUCUGGGCCUACUGGCACGGUUCUUGGACGCGAAAUCAGCUGGCCCCCCGGUGUCCCACGCACCAGAGCAGGCAUCACAGCAGGCAUCACAGCCAACCACUGCCAAAAAGACGCUGCCCGUCCGGUUGACACCGCGGCUGGUCCACGACGAAAGCUAUGCCGGGCUGGCAGAGCUGGCGACUCUGCUGGAUGUGCAGGGUGCGCCGUCGCCGCCGCCCUUGUCUGACGCAGUGCUCAUCCUGCGGCGCGGCAACCAGGUGGCGUAUACAAACUACUGGACAACAGAUGGUGGCGAAGACAAAGAGAGGCGGUGGAGGAAAACACCUGCCGGCGUGGGCGUUGCUCUGGCGACAGAACGGGAAAAGAGACAGUCGAGUACAGCUGGACUGUCCGAGAGCUCACCGUUGGCCGCCGAGGCAGCACUGUUUGCAUCCGAUGUGACGCGGUUGCGAGAGGCUCAUCCGGAGCGGGCUGACGAACUGGACGCAUUGGCGUCCGAGUACGCACGAGGCACACCGGUGGAGGCAGAUGACGGAAAUCACACGUCGUACCAUCUACUGGAUCCAGACGCACUUGUAGCUCUACUACAAGCCGCCUGGUAG